CCCUGAAGAGAUGAACAAAAUAUCCAUUUGGACCAUUUCGAGAAUCUCAAACGCGAGCGGGGACAAAGUGGAGGCUCUAUCUCUCUCUGUCGUCGUGGACGUAUUCCCUCCCUUGUAUCUCCCGGAAUAUUCUACGUCCUGGCCCAUCCAACAAGCAUCCAGGACACCAUGAGCGACCUCCGCGCUCGGCCAGGAAAAGGCUCAGGCAAAACAAGUCCCCCUGAUACCGGCAAAACGAACGCACCAAGUUCUACUAAAAAGGCAAAGAUAGAUGGACUCAAGAACCUGAAUAAAGAGGAGCUCGAGAGAAAGUUGGACAGUCUUGAACAGACCAAGAUGUUGAGGCAGGUCGUGUCGAUGCUUGGGUUGAUGGCUGUCGCUUGGUUUGGCAUUCGACUGUUCCGUCAAUAUAACGAUCCUCUGAUGGCUGGUAAUGCUCCGACUGCUCAGCCGACGCCGAGCACGCGAUGGAGCGAUCCUAAUCCACUACACUUACCUCAACGUAUGCCUGGUCGUCUGCCUGCGGACGUGGAAAAACGAGACGAGAUCAAAGAGGCGUUUGCCUGGUCUUGGACGGCGUACGAGAAGCACGCUUGGGGGGAUGACGAGUUUCACCCCCUUUCACGGUCUGGGUCGAACCUUACUGCGGCUGGCGGAGUAGGGUACAAUAUCGUGGAUUCGCUGGACAGCUUACUCGUCAUGGGCUUUUUAGACGAGUACAAGAGGGCUAGGGACUGGUGUAGGGAUAAAUUGAGCUUUGAAAAGGAUGCAGAGUUCAACACAUUCGAGACCACCAUUCGUAUCCUUGGAGGACUCCUCUCCGCCCAUCAUCUCACGUCCGUUCAUGAAGAUCUCAGCAUCCGGCCCGAUGCCCGGCUCUACCUCAGUCUCGCGGUCGACCUAGCGGAUAGAUUGCUAGGGGCGUUCGAAAGUCCCACUGGAAUCCCCUGGUCAAAUAUAAAUUUGGCGAGGAGAAAAGGUAUCCCCAGUGGUGAUUUUCAAGGUGCCGCAAGUCUUUCAGAGGCCGGUACGCUUCAGCUUGAACUCAAAUAUCUUUCCCACUUGACGGGUGAUAACAUCUACUGGAAGAAGGCAGAGCGGGUCACAGAGAUCAUCCGGAAUCAAGUCUCUGCGAAUCGAGGCAUCGCGCCAAUUUUCAUCUCUCCUCACAACGGACAGUUCUUGCAAAGCGAGAUCAGGCUUGGAUCCAGAGGCGAUUCUUAUUACGAGUAUUUGCUCAAGCAAUACUUGCAGACGAACCGGGAAGAGCCAGUUUAUCGUGAUAUGUAUGACGAAGCAAUGGGUGGCAUCAAGGCCCACAUGAUCGGUCAGACAGUCAAAUCAGGUAUCAUCUUCACUCAAGAGCUACACCCGGCGAGGCACCCUCAGAGCAAGGAGCCAACCAUGCAGGUUGUACCCAAGCAGGAUCAUCUAGCUUGUUUCCUUGGCGGUUCAUUCCUUCUCGGCAUCACGGAGGGUGGUCGCAGGGAAGUCGACUGGCAACAACUCGAGCCGCGAGAUGCCGAAGAUUUCAAGGUUGGCCGAGGCAUCAUUGAAGGCUGCAUGAUGACGCACGAAACGGCAACCGGACUGGCUCCGGAGAUUGCCAUGUUUGUUCAGUGGAGUGAUCAGCGAGCUAAGGACCUUGAUUGGUUUAUCAAGCCUUCUCAGGGCGGAGCGCUGAUUGACGCUCGAAACAUUCUCCGACCUGAGACUGUGGAAUCCCUCAUGCUAGGAUACAGGAUCACCGGUGAUCCCAUCUUCAGAGAAUGGGGAUGGAAAGCAUUUCAAGCGUUCCAAAAACAUUGUCGAGUCGAGCACGGAGGAUACGCAGGGAUCGAAGAUGUCCAGGUCGUGCCGCCCAAGAAACUGGAUCGAAUGGAGACUUUUUGGCUCGGCGAGACGCUGAAAUACCUAUACCUGUUGUUUGAUGAUUCUGAUCACAUCUCCCUCGACAAGCACGUCUUCAAUACCGAGGCCCAUAUUCUCCCAGUGUUUUCUCCCGUCAGCCUGACUCCAUUCUCCACCUCAUAAGCACACGUCUUGGACUAGCAAAUGCAUGUGAUUCCGACAUAGAUGUGGUCCCUGAUGAUCGAUGCAAAAGGUCCGUUGGUUGCUGCUGCUGUUGGCUGCCGCUGUUGCC